UAUAAACUCCCCAGAGGAUCAUCUUCUCAGUUCGCUUCGUGUCUUCGGUUCUACAGCAAUAUGAAUUGCCACCAGUUAGCCAAGCUGGUCUUGGUGCUGUCGUGCAUCGGCAGUGAUGUCCUGGCGGGUCUUCUACCAGGAGGUGGCACGGGUGCCGGGGGAUAUCAAUACAACCGACCAGGAAGCGGUGGUGGAUUUGGUGGAGGGUAUGCAGGUGACGCCGGUUUCGGGGGUGGCGGUCGCGGUGGCGACUUUGGCGUCGGCAGCUAUAGGGGAAGACCAAGCCAAGCUUAUGGUCCACCCGGCGGUGACUCCUUUGGUAGACCAGGUGCAAGCGGAUUCGGAGGACAACCGUCACAUAGAUAUCCGCAAUUCGGUGAGGGUGGCAGUGGUGGCUAUCAAGACGGUGGUGCCGGAGGAUUCCAAGGAGGAUAUGGAUACGGCGGACGUGACGGCGGAAGGCCGCAGCCAUACAGCUUCCAAUAUGAAGUCGUCGAUCCGCCGAGCGGCAACGAUUACUCUCAACGCGAGAGCAGCGACGGUAAUGUCGUUCAAGGAGAGUACAGAGUUUUGUUGCCAGACUCGAGGACGCAAAUUGUUCGGUAUAUGGCUGACGACGCGAAUGGAUACAACGCGGAAGUUCAAUACGAAGGACAGGCUCAAUACUCUCGUGGUGGUUUGGGAGGAUAUGGAGGAGCCGGAUAUCAAGGUGGCGGUUAUCAAGGAGGCAGAGGUGGCGGUUUCGGUGGACCAGGAGGUGGUUUUGGAGGUGGUUUCGGUAGCGACAGUAAUCAAUAUUUGCCACCGCAUAAUUAUCACAAAUAACCGUUCGACACGGGGCUAUCUUACCAAAAUAUGACAUACCGCGUGCAUUUCCGGCGAUAACCAUUACGGACCUCCCUCGUUUACGGCUUUUAUUUUGAAUAUACGAUAAUCCUUCGCUCACAUAAGAGACACACAUGACCCUUUUCCGAUCACCUAUGCGUUCACGAAUCACUUUCACCUAUAUUUAACGAUUACACAAGGACUAAUUAGGAUAAUUUUAUAUGCAUGCAUGAGUGUAUGUAUUUAUAUAUAUAAUAUACAUAAUUUUGUACUUAUAUGAUAAUACUAUUAUCAAACAUACGCUUGUAUCUUCCGCUAAGCGAUUAUCAAA